AUGGAAUUCUAUAAUGAAGAUGGAUCAAGAUUUGAAGAGGUUGAGGAUAUGAUUACUCUGUCAAAUUUGACAGAGGAAUCGUUGUUGACCAAUCUUCAGAUUCGUUAUGCCAAGCGAUUCAUUUAUACCUAUACAGGCUCUAUCUUGGUGGCUGUCAAUCCAUACGAGGUGUUGCCAAUCUACACACCCGACAUUGUCAAGUCGUACUUUGGCAAGCAACGUGGUUCGCUGCCACCCCAUAUAUUUGCAAUCGCCGACGCUGCCUACACCAACAUGAUGGAAGAGCGUCGGAAUCAAUCUAUUAUCAUCUCUGGUGAGUCUGGUGCCGGCAAGACAGAAUCGACCAAGCUCAUCAUCCAAUACCUUGCCGCUCGUACCAACAAGCACAGUCAAGUCGAACAAAUGAUUGUCGAAUCUUCACCAAUCCUCGAAGCAUUUGGUAAUGCAAAGACUGUUAGAAAUAAUAAUUCUUCUCGUUUUGGUAAAUUCAUUGAGAUUCAAUUUAAUACACAAGGUCAUAUUUGUGGUGCAAGAAUCAUUAAUUAUUUGUUAGAAAAAUCAAGAAUUAGUAGUCAAGCCAAAUCAGAGAGAAACUAUCAUAUAUUCUAUCAAUUGAUAGCAGGUGCAUCACAAGAACUCAAGACUAAAUUGAAACUUGGAGAGGCAGAAGACUACCAUUACCUCAAUCAGAGUGGAUGUAUUAAUAUCGAUAGAAUCAACGAUGCCGAAGACUUUGAACAUGUUCGUUAUGCCAUGUCUGUACUCGGUAUGCCAGAAGACAGACAAAACACUAUCUUUACCAUCUUGGGUGCUAUCUUGCAUUUGGGUAAUGUCACUUUUGAAAAGUGUGAAAAGACUCAAGGUGCUGAAGGCUCCAAAGUGUUGAGCAGAGACACACUCAAGAUUGUAGCCGAUCUUUUGUCAUUGGAUCCAGGGCGUCUAGAAACAUGUCUCACCAUGAGACACGUCUUUAUUCGUGGUCAAAACUUUGAGAUUCCACUCAAGGUUGGUGAGGCUGAAGAUGCCCGUGACACCUUUUCCAAAUCACUCUAUGGAAAUGUCUUUAACUGGUUGGUUACCUUUAUCAAUAGUCGUAUUCACAAACCACAACCAAAUACCACCUUUAUCGGUGUAUUGGAUAUCUUUGGUUUUGAAAACUUUAAAAAGAAUAGUUUUGAACAAUUUUGUAUAAACUUUGCAAAUGAAAAAUUACAACAACAUUUUAAUCAACAUAUUUUCAAACUUGAACAAGAGGAAUAUGAAAAGGAAAAGAUUAAUUGGUCAAAGAUCAAGUACAAUGAUAACCAAGAGUGUUUGGAUUUGAUUGAGAAGCGUCCACUUGGUAUCUUGUCGCUGUUGGACGAGGAGUGUCGUUUUCCACAGGCAACCGACUCGACCCUUUUGGAAAAGUUGCACAGCAACCACGAGAAACACCACUUUUACGAGAAGCCAAAGCUCUCCAAGACAUCGUUUGGCAUCAAGCAUUAUGCCGGCGAGGUGUCGUAUGACGUAGCUAGCUUUUUGGACAAGAACAAGGACACCAUCUCGGACGACAUGUUGUCGUUUAUGCAACAAUGCAAGAAUAAGUUUUUGGUCGAGUUGUUUACGCCUCCCAAGGACAGCGCUGCUGACGAUGAAGACGGCAAGGGCACAAUGAAGAAGCAGGUGCGUACCACGGCCGGCUCGCAGUUCAAGACACAGUUGGGACAGUUGGUGGCCACCUUGUCGGCAACAGCACCCCAUUAUGUGCGUUGUAUCAAGCCCAACUCGACCAAGGAGCCGUCUACAUUUGACCCAGAGCUCAUCCAGGCACAGUUGCGUUAUGCAGGUAUGAUGGAGACGAUUCGUAUUCGUAAGACUGGUUAUCCUAUUCGUUUGUCGGUCAAGGAGUUCCGCGACCGUUAUUUGCUGCUCGAGUGGCGUGCUCGUGACCCUGCAGGCGACAUCAAAAAGACAGCCAACAAUCUUAUCAACCUCGUCAACAUGUCGUACGCCAACAUUGACGCGAGCGAGUGGCAGAUGGGUACCACCAAGGUGUUUAUCCGUGACCCGCAGUACAGAGUGCUCGAAGAGUUGCGCAAGGAGAAGCUCAUCAAAAAGGUUGUGCUCAUCCAGUCGGCGUGGCGUAUGUUCCGUCUCAAGAAGAAGUACCAGGCCCUUCGCAAGGCCGCCGUACUCCUCCAGACCGCCGUGCGCUCGACCGUCGCCCGCAAGGAGCUCGGCCAGACCAAGGCUGCCGCCACCCGUAUCCAAGCGUCGUGGAAGAUGUACAAGACCCGUCGCGACUAUCUCUGCACCAAAGAGUCGGUUGCACUCAUUCAAACAGAGAUCAGAGGGUUCUUGGCACGUAAGCGUACCGCCGAGUUGGUUGAGGUUAAACGCGACCGUUUGCGUCGUCUCGCCGAGAUCCAGGCCGAGAAGGACUCUGCAUCGCGUUCUCAAAAAGAAAAGGAGGAACGCGACCGUCAGGCCAAGGAGGAUGCCGCACGUGUUGCCCAGGAGAAAAAGGUGGCCGACGAAGAGCGUCGCAAGCGCGACGACGAGGAACGUGCCAAACGUGCCGACGAAGAGGCCAAGCGCGCACAAGAAAAGACCGAGCAGCUCAAGGAACUCAAGCAAUUCGACGAGCUCAGCUCACUCGAGAACAUGUUGCGUCAACAACAACAAAACAAUAUCAACGAGCUCGACAGUCUCGUCUUUUCAAUUGAAGCAUUCACAUUUGAAGGUGGUGUCGAUGAAAGCGCACCCUACACUUACAACUCCAAGAUGUACGAGAUGGGUGAUGAUGCACUCGACAAGAUCUCGUUAACUGACUUGUUGCAAGGUCUCAAGCAGACUGUCAAGUCGGUCACCAAGCUCGACGUCGAUGACAGCAAGUUUGACCUGCCUCCAGGCAUUGAGAAUGUGCUCAAGAGACUACCUCAACCUACCCCCAUCAAAAACACCCCUUCAUCGGGCAACUUGAUGGUCAAUGUCGGCUCGCUCCCACCUCCACCACCACCCGUCUUUAUGGACGACGACGAUGAGUCGGGAUCAUCAUUCAUGCCACCUCCACCACCCCUCCUCGACGGCAUGCAAUUCAGCGAUGCUGGUGACUAUAUUCCACCACCUCCUCCACCCAUGUUUGAUCCAGUCCUCGGAGCACCACCCCCUCCACCCAUGUUUGAUCCAAUCCUCGGUGCACCACCCCCACCACCUCCCACCUCGGCCACCGCCGCUGCAGGAGGAUCUGCCAAACAAGCCGGAUCAGCUUCCCAACCACAGUCAUCUUCACAACCACAAAAGCCAGUCAACCCAGCUGCUGCCAAUCUCAAGCCAAUCAUCUUGGACGAGGAAAUCUCACUCUUUUCCUUUUACGACUAUGCUCGUAAGAACUUUGCAUCGAGCGACAAGGCCAAGAACAAGGACGACUUGUAUGCCUACCAAAAGUCGUACAUUAAACACGCCUUGUUGACAUCGACCACCGACUCGGAGGUUGCCAAGGCUGCUGUGGAUGCAUUCUCGCGUAUCCAUUCCUACUUGUCUGCACCAUCUGGUAAAAAGGAGGAUACCUUGUUUACAAGCAUCAAAUACCUCUUGUCCAAGGGUUUGGCCAUGGAAGGUUUGCGCGACGAAUUGUAUUGUCAGUUGGUCAAGCAGUCGAUCAGUCCACCAACUUUGGAAAUCAAGACACGUGCUUGGGAAUUGCUCCACUUUGCCAGUGCCACCUUUUUGCCAUCUAAAAAGCUCAUCAAGUAUGUCGCAUCGUACAUGCGUACCACUGCCAACACCGAGGCAGCCAAGUCGAUCAAAGAUAUGGCCAUUGCCACCUACACAACCAUGCAACGUAACAUCAAGAAUGGUGGACGUAAGUUGACACCCUCUACACAGGAACUCGAAGCACUCAAGGACAACAGACCACUCUUUGUACGUGUAUCCAUGUGUGACGGUUCACUCAAGGGUCUUACCAUUGACUCUGCCACAACCUGUACUGAAGCUGUCGAUGAUCUAUGCCAUCGUGCACGUAUCCGUCCUGCCAAGGCAUCUGGAUUUGCCUUGCUCGAAUCAUUCAACGGUAUUGAACGUGACCUUGCUGGUGAGGACAAGAUUGCUGAUGUACUCUCAAGACUUGAAUCAUUGCAAUCGUCCAAAUUACAGAUCAACUUUAAGUUGUUACUCAAGAAACGUUUGUUUGCCGAGUUUGCAGCACCAGAGGAUAUUCCACAGACCGAAGUCGAACUUGUCUUCCACCAGACAUACGCCGACUUUUUGCUUGGCGGGUUUGUCUCUGACAAUGAGUUUUUGUUGCAUAUUGGAGCACUCAAAUUGCAAGCAGACUCUGGUGACUACACCGAGGACGUUAAGAACUGGUUGCCUGGAAAUGGUCGUGGCAAGUACUUUAGUGCUGCCACUGAAAAGAACAAGUUUGAAGAAUUUAUCAGCAAGUACCGUGCCCUCAAGGGUACCACCCAAGAGGACGCCAAGACACAGCUCUAUGAGCAAGUGCUCGGCCAUCCACUCGCCAACCAAACACUCUUUGAGUGCGAACAUAAUGUCGACGGCAUCAACUACCCCAAAAAGUUUAUACUCACCAUCAGUAUCCAGGGUGUCGCCAUCUACGACCCUGCCAACACCAAGGCAUCACUCAACGCGUUCAAGUUUAGCCAAGUCGCCACCAACGCACUCAAGCUUGCUGCCAACAACAAGUCGAUCACCAUUCCACUACCCGAUAUGGCCAACAAGCCCUUCGAAGUGCAGCACGCCGACGCACCACGUAUCCUCGCUCUCUACAAGGAGUAUUCGAAUACUCUGCGCAACAAUGCCAAGUAUGCCAGAGCUCUCCGUGACUACUUUGUUAACGAUGAGACGCUCCUGCCAUUCCGUCGCGGUGACAUUAUCACCAUCGUCCUCAAGGACCAAGAGAACAAGUGGUACAUUGGUCAGCUCAAUGGCAAGGAGGGUUCCUUCCCAGUAGACCAUGUCGAGAUCCUGUUGGUCGACAAUGUCUCCAACAUUCCAGCUGCUCCUGCUCCCGCUGUCUACUCGCCUGCCGGUGCAUCGUCGCCUGCUCUCUCUGGCAGUGGCAAUCUCCCACCCCCACCACCCCAAAUGUUCUUGGGCAAGGCUAGAAGCUCGGCUGAGAUGCCACCCCCACCUCCACCCUCUUCCGCUAGUGGUCUCUCUGGCAGCGGCGGUGUUCUCCCACCCCCACCAUCCUUUGACAUGCCACCCCCUCCACCACAGAUGCUCAUGGGUAAGGCCAGAAGCUCGGUUGAGAUGCCACCCCCACCUCCACCCUCUUCUGCUGGUGGUCUCUCUGGCAGUGGAGGUUUGCCACCCCCACCAGUUGCACCUGUCCUAUCAGGCCCACCACCUCCAAUGUUGUCGACUCCCCCACCACCAAUGCACUCGUCACCAUCAUUGUCGAGCGGCGAAAACACCCCUCCUCCACCACCCCCAGUUGUGCAUGCACCUGUUCCAUCUGGACCACCACCAGCCAUGUUGUCGACUCCAAACGGUGUUUCACCAAAGCCAUCGCGUCUCUCCAUGACUCUUGCAUCGGUUUCCUCCCCACCACCACCUCCACCAACCGUGCAAGCUGGUCCCGCUCCACCAAUGUUGGCUACUCCCACCAUGUCCUCCCCAACCCCAUCCAGAUUAUCAACUCCUCCACCAACUGGUGUAUCAACCCCACCACCACCACCUCCACAACCAUCCUCGUCCUCUGAAGAAGACAAGAGAGUAUCACGUAUUCAAACAAUGGCUCCGCUCGAGACUGCAUCUCCUUUGGAACCAAGCAUGAUGACAUGGGCCAACAACAAGUUCCGUUCAUUCAAGCGUUUGGCCAUGGCUCCAGCCACUGCCACCUUGAAAAAGAAGCCUGUCGAUCCAAACUUUUACGUUUGUUUCACCAAGGAUCCCAUCAAGGAGUCACUUCUCGACUUGGAAACAUCCAAGUUGUCCAAGCGUGCCGUCCUCAACUUUACAUCGGUCAUGACCUUUAUGGGCGACUAUCCCCUCCCCAAGGGAUCAAACUUGGCAUUGGUCGCACAAGAAAUCGUUCUUCUCGGCAUCCAAUCACCAGAGCUCCGUGAUGAAGUAUUCUGUCAGAUCUACCGUCAAACCAACCGUAAUCCACGUCAAGAGAGUGUUCGUCGUGCCUUCGAGUUGAUCAGUUUCCUUGCCACCUCGUUUACUCCAUCCGAGUCGUUGAUGGCACCAUUUGUCGAGCAAUUGAUGGCCCGUCAUAUUGCCGUGCAAGCUGCCAACCCAUCCCUCUCGACCUUGAUCAACAAGUGCAUUGAGAGACUCGAAUCACACCCACUUUCAUCGGCUCAACAGAGAAAGUACGGUCCAUCGACUGCUGAAAUCAACUCGCUCCGCUCAGAGGAUGCCGAGUCGACCGUCAAUGUCCGUGCUGUCAACCAGACAACCGUCGCCUGUAUCAUCGACUCUUACACCAAUGUAAAGGAUGUUGCCACAUCGGCACUCCACCAACUCGGUGUGUCUGAUGCUGCUGCCCGUAACUUUGGUCUCUACCAAGUCAACGAAGCUGCCGGUAUCUGUCGUCCACUUGGAGACGGUGAGAUUAUCUAUGAUAUCAUGUCGCAAUGGGAACAAUGGGCCAUGUCUGGUGAGAACAAACAUAUUGUAUUGGACAACUUUUACUUGCAGAUUCGUCGCAAGUACUUUGUCGACGACAUUACCCGUAUCGUCGACCAAGAACACUUGUGGACCAACGAUGAGACUUCGUUUGACCUCACCUAUACCCAACUCCGUGAAGAGUGGAUCAGAGGUGUCUACACACUCUCUGACAAGGAUGCAUCUGCCGCAUCGGCCAUCCUCGUCCAACUCGCUCAUCCCAAUCAAUCGCGUCUCCAACUAGGCACCAAGGAAGCCCUCCGUCCAUUCAUGCCAGAGUCUAUCAUGUCCUCUCAAAACACCAAGUACUGGGCCUCUGAAAUCGAGUCACUCUUGUUUGAGAUGGUAUCCCAUACACCCGAAUACCUCAAACUCCUCUUUAUCCAAACAUUGGGCAAGUGUCCAUUGUUUGGUUGCACUCUCUUUGUUGUCCAACCCAAGGAAGGUACCAAGGCUAUCCUCGGUGUCUCCAAGAAGGGUGUCUACUUGUUUGACAUUCAAUCCAAGGAAACCAAGAAUUACUGGACAUUCCAAUCAAUCUCUAACUGGUCGUUUACCGACAGCACCUUUAUCAUCAUGACUGGUAAUCUCAUGAAACCAGUUAAAAAUACCUUUGUCACUACCGAUUAUUCUGCUAUUUCUUCAUGUUACCAAUUCUAUAAUAAUUAA